AUGAAUAUCGCGCAACCCAUAUCUUCCGAGGUCGAUGCUGUCGACUUUACAUUUCUGUCUCCGGAGGAGAUCCAAGCCAUUUCUGUCAAGCGCAUCGAGAAUGACAGCACUUUCGACAGCCUCCUCAACCCCGUUCAUGGAGGUCUCUAUGACCCCGCCCUUGGAUCAUGGGGAGACGAACCAUGUGCGACAUGUAGCCUAAUUUCGUCGAGCUGCCCAGGUCAUCCAGGGCACAUCCAGCUACCAGCGCCAGUCUACCACCCAGUCUUUAUGGACCAAGCAUACCAUUUACUUCGAGCGACCUGCGUGUACUGCAGGGGUUUUCGACUACCCCCAAAGGAUCUCCAUAAGUACAUGUGCAAACUCCGCUUACUGCAACACGGCCUCAUACGCGAGGCACAUGUCAUCGAUGCUCUUGGCGAGACGGAUUCGUCCGAGAUGGAUGAAGCACUUGGCUUAGGCGAAAGCGAGGCGGAUGAAGAAAAUUCGUCUUUUGACAACGUAACAAGAAAGAGGGAACAGUAUGUUCAAGUGUGCCUCCGAAGUAGUGCGCUUCGACGAGGUGAUACUAGGAAGGGUAAACACGAGGGCAUGGCCCAGGCUCGCCGAGAAGUCAUCAAACAGUUUCUCGCAGAGAUAAACAAGAAAAGACAGUGUUCCUCAUGCGACGGCAUCUCGCCCCCGUAUCGAAAAGAUCGAUAUGUAAAGAUUUUCGAGAAGGCACUCUCACCAAAGGAGCAAGUAAAAAUGAUGAAGAAGAAUCUCUCACGGAAAGAUGCAAUGACGCGUCAUUAUGAUGCCAAAUUGGACCCAAAAGCUGACGUCGAAAUCUCCGAGCCUGACGCAAUUGUUGAGUCACUAAGCGAUCAAGACGAGGAAGAACCCGAUAUUGAUGGCGCAUCGACACAGAGAUACAUUAGUCCUAUGGAGAUACGGGCCCGUCUGAGUGAGUUGUUCAAGAAGGAGCAAGAUCUUGUGUUUCUUUUGUACAACUCGAAACCACGUACUCGACGCUCUCCUGAUGUCACCCCAGACAUGUUCUUCAUCACGACCAUCCUUGUGCCACCGAAUCGCUAUCGACCUGAAGCUCGUAUGGGAGACUCUCAAGUCACUGAAGCAGAGCAGAAUUCGCUGUACAAGUCGAUUUUACGAGGCUGUUCCAAGAUAGCCCGAGUAUACUCUGUCCUGAAAAAUGAAGAACACGUCGACAUUACACAGUUGCACCAAGCCUGGACAGAGCUUCAAGAGGGAGUCAAUGCACUCAUUGACAAGAGCAAAAACCCUGUACAAGGUGCAGCCGCCAAACGCAACGAAGAUGGAAUCAAACAGAAACUGGAAAAGAAGGAGGGUCUUUUCCGAAAGAAUAUGAUGGGUAAGCGUGUCAACUACGCUGCCAGAAGCGUCAUCUCCCCUGAUCCGAAUAUCGAGACGAAUGAGAUUGGCGUCCCGCCAGUUUUUGCCCAGAAACUCACCUUCCCAGAGCCCGUAACGAGUCAUAAUUUUAGGGAUAUGCAGCAGGCCGUUAUCAAUGGAGCCAAUACAUGGCCAGGGGCUGUCGCCAUUGAGAACGAGAAUGGUCAAGUACAGAUGCUUAAAAAUAAAUCUGUUGAUGAGCGCAUAUCGCUAGCCAACCAGUUACUUGCCCCAACAAACCCUGCUGCAGUAAGGUUAAAGAACAAAAAAGUGUAUCGCCAUAUUACAAACGGCGACGUUGUGUUGAUGAAUCGCCAGCCUACGUUGCAUAAGCCUUCAAUUAUGGGACAUCGAGUUCGGGUGUUGCCAGGGGAAAAGACGAUUCGCAUGCAUUAUGCGAAUUGUAACACAUACAAUGCCGACUUUGACGGAGACGAAAUGAAUAUGCACUUCCCCCAAAAUGAGGUUGCUCGAGCAGAAGCACUACACAUAGCGGAUACCGACCAUCAAUAUUUAUCUGGAACACAGGGAAAGCCACUGCGAGGUCUAAUUCAGGACCAUAUCUCGAUAUCUAUCGCCCUAUGUACUCGCGAUACCUUUUUCAGCCGCGGCGACUAUCAUUCAUUAGUUUACUCUGCAAUUAGACCCGAAAGCGGCCAUAUUUUCGGAGAACGGAUUCAGCUGGUCCCGCCUGCUAUUAUCAAGCCCGUGCCACGAUGGACUGGGAAACAAGUCAUCUCGACGAUAUUGAAAAACACGCAACCGAUAAAUUACGGUGCCCUCAAUCUACGGGGAGAGUCACAGAUCAAGGCAGAGCAAUGGGGCACUAACUCUGAAGAAGGCACUGUGCUGAUCCAAGAUGGUGAAUUUGUGACUGGAAUUCUUGACAAAUCUCAGAUUGGCCAAAGCUCGGGCGGUUUAAUCCAUGCCAUUCAUGAAAUUCACGGGCCCGCCAUCGCCGGCAAGCUUCUCAGCGCUUUUGGCCGACUUCUAACUCGGUAUCUCAACAUGCGGGCUUUCUCUUGCGGUGUGGAUGACUUGAAACUUACUGCCAAGGGUGAAGAAGCUCGGCGUCAAGAGCUACAGGCUAUUAAUCGGGUCGGCCUCGAGGUUGCCUCCAACUACGUCUCUCUCAAGGACGUUUCUGACAGCCAGAAUCCAGUGCUUUUGGAACGCCUUGAGGAGGUCCUCCGUGACGACACGAAGCUAGAAGGUCUGGAUCUCCUGAUGAAUCACACGACAAAGGACAUCACAGACAAAGUUCAAAAGGUCUGCAUUCCCAACGGCCUAGAAAAGCCGUUCCCGCGAAACCAAAUGCAGGCAAUGACAACGUCUGGCGCAAAGGGAUCCAGGGUUAACGCGUCGCUCAUUUCAUGUAACCUUGGGCAGCAAGUCCUAGAGAGUAGGCGAGUGCCUAUUAUGGUUAGUGGUAAAUCACUACCUUGUUUUAAGCCCUUCGAGACCAAUAUCACGGCCAAUGGAUAUAUUGGUAGCCGAUUUCUUACAGGCAUCCGCCCGCAAGAAUAUUACUUCCAUCACAUGGCGGGACGAGAAGGACUCAUUGAUACAGCCGUUAAGACAUCGCGUUCCGGUUAUCUACAAAGAUGUGUCAUCAAGGGGCUUGAAGGUCUGAUGGUUGGGUACGAUACAACCGUACGUGAUGCGGACGGCUCUAUUAUCCAGUUCCUGUACGGCGAAGACGGCCUGGAUGUCACAAAACAAACAUACCUCAAGGACUUUGGCUUUAUCCUGCGCAACUUAACGUCCGAGGUGGCCCAACUGAGAUAUGACCCUCAAGUGGUCAAGCGUCUAGGUGCCGAUCGUGAGUUGUUUACGAAAUACAUGAAAAGUGCUGUGAAACACUCGAAACCUGGUGAUCCAAAGGGAAGGGAUCCGCUCAUCAGCGCGUUUAACCCAGCAACGAAUGCAUUUGUCUUGUCUGAAGCCUUCUACAAUGCCAUGUCAUCUUACCUGAAGGCGAAUGCAGAUGGGCUUAUUCGUGAAAAGCGUGAUAAGUCAGCACCAGACUCAUCCAAUGCACUAAACAAGAAGAACGCUGAGGUUCUGUUUGCGAUGAAAUACUUGCAGUCCCUGGUAGAGCCCGGGGAAGCAGUCGGUAUCGUCGCAGGCCAGUCCGUGGGCGAGCCAUCGACACAAAUGACCCUCAACACGUUCCACUUGGCGGGACACGCGGCCAAAAACGUCACAGCAGGUAUCCCUCGGCUGAGAGAAAUUUUGAUGACGGCCUCGAAGGAUAUUUCUACGCCAGCCAUGUCUCUUUACCCUCGCGAUAGUCUUUCCAAACAGGAAGCCGAAGCUUUUACCAACUCAAUUAGUGCUCUUCCUCUAUCGCAUAUCUUGGACAGCGUUGUUGUGGAAGAAAAGGUUGGCCGUGGCAAAAUUUAUCCUUCGGCCAAGAUCUAUCACAUCAAACUCAAGUUCUUCCCUCCGCAGGAAUAUUUUGAAAUGCACCAUGCCAGCAUAUCCGAUGUACUGGAUGCCGUGGAGUGGAAACUACUUCACCACCUUAUUAAAUUGUCAAAAGCCGAAUUGAAAAAGAGAGCACUGGAUGCGACUGCAGCUACGCCUGAUAUUGGAGCCAAGGUCGGGGUUGUGGAGACGGCUGCUGCAUCAGCUGAAACUGUUGGUGACGAUGACGAUGGUGACGAUGCGGGUGACGACGACUUUACCUCUGCCAAGGAACGGGCUAAUCGCCUCGAAGCUGUCUCAUACGGCCCAAAUGAUGACGCCGAUGAUGAAAUUCAGCAGGCAAUGGAUGAGGAUGCAGCAGCUGAUGGGCUGGAAGUAGAGAGCUUGGACGGCAACCCACAGAAGGAGACGACAAGCGAGGACGAGGACGAAAGUGCCGAGCGCAAAGUAGCUGAUUCGGCCAAGCCCCGAGCACAGCGUGUCAUGAGCACGUUUCCAGAGGUCACGGGAUUCGAGUAUGACGAAGCCGUUGGAGACGGGUGCAAUGUGACGAUCGAGUUUGACGCGAAGGUGCCAAAGUUCCUCAUGCUCAACAUUGUCCAAAGGGCUAUAAAGAAGACAAUGGUCCGGGAAAUUCGAGGAAUUGGGGCUUGCAGACUGGACGAGGAGGGUGGAGGUGGGAAGGAGCGCGUCAUUCACGUUACUGGAGCCAAUAUCGGGGCAAUUCAAAAGUACAGCGAUGAAAUCGACCCGGAUCGAAUUCAGACCAAUGACAUCGUGGCUGUAUUAUCCAUGUAUGGUGUUGAGGCAUGUCGAAGCAAUAUUGUUCGAGAGCUUGCGGGCGUGUUCGGGUCCCACGGUAUCAAGGUCGAUAACCGGCACUUGAACCUCAUUGCGGACUAUAUGACGAGGAAUGGCGACUUUACAGCCUUCAGCCGCUUGGGUCUACAGGGUAAUGUCAGCCCCUUCACCAAGAUGAGCUUUGAGACGACACUUGCCUUCCUGAAGGACGCGGUGCUGGAUGGAGACUGGGACGAGCUGGCUACACCGAGCGGCCGUCUUGUGAUGGGCCGACUAGGGAAGCUGGGCACUGGUAGUUUUGAUGUUUUGACGAAUCUUCCGACCGUCCAUUUUUGA